GAGUUGGUGAUGAUGGCGGUGAACGGCGGCGGACUCGCCGAGUACGCGGUGGCGCCAGCGUCGCUCACGGUGGCGAGGCCGCCGGAGGUGUCUGCAUUCGAAGGCGCCUGCCUGCCGGCGGCCGGCGGCUCUGCGCUGCAGCUGCUCAAGCUCGCCCGGGUCAGCUUCGACGGGACCUCCGGCGCCACCAGCCCGAAGAACGCGCUGGUGACCGCUGCGUCCGGCGGCGUGGGCCACUACGCCAUGCAGCUCGCGAAGCUCGUGGGCCUGCGCGUCACGGCCACCUGCGGCGCGCGCAACGUGGACUUCGUCCGGGGCCUGGGCGCCGACGAGGUGCUCGACUACAAGACGCCCGAGGGCGCGGCCCUGCGGAGCCCGUCGGGCAGGAGGUACGACGCGGUGGCGAACUGCGCGGCGGGGGUGCCGUGGCCGGCGCUGAAGGCGGUGCUGGCCGACGAGGGCGGCACGGUGGCGGACGUCACGCCGGGGGUCGGCGCCGCGCUCACGUCGAUCCCACAGAAGGCGACCUUCGCCAAGAAGAGGCUAGCGCCGCUGAUGUUGGCGCCGAGGAGGGAGGAGCUGGAGUGGCUGGUGGGCUUGGCGAGGCAGGGGAAGCUCAGGACUAUGGUGGACUCGAGGUUCCCGCUGAGCAGAGCGCAGGAGGCGUGGGCUAAGAGCAUGGAGGGGCAUGCCACUGGCAAGAUCGAUGUGGAAAUGGGAGGCGCAGAAUGA